AUGACCCUUGUUUCGCGCAUCACUCACCGUGAACUCCCAACAACCAUACGAACGAUGAAGGUCAUCCUCGCAGGUUCAACGGGGUUCAUCGGCCGCGAAGUCUUAUCGCAAUGUCUUGCACAUCCUGCGAUCACCUCGAUCGUAGCGCUCACCCGACGAGAGCUACCAGCACAUGAAAAGCUCAAAGUCACAUUAAUUGAGGAUUUCACGACCUACCCUGACUGGAUCCGGAAUGAGAUUCGAGAUGCCGAGGCAUGUAUCUGGACACUGGGCAAGGCGCACAUGCCUAAUAAUGAUAUCGCUCGACAAGUGAGUCUGGACUAUACUCUUGCAGCAGCUCAAGUCUUCCAAGAGACGUGCCAGAAACCGUUCCGGUUCAUAUACUGCAGCGGUGCGGCGGCUGAGAGGGAUCAGACUAAGCCGCUCUGGUUUAUGCAGGAGUAUCGGCGCAUUCGGGGCCAAGUUGAGAACGAGCUUUUGGGAUUUGCUGGUGAUCACCCUGGUUUCGAGGCUCAUAUCAUGCGCCCGGCUAUGGUGUUGGCCCCGGGUAUGAGUCUACACAGUCUUGUGAUUGGUCUUGGGCCAUCGGUCAAGCUGGAUGAUUUAGCUCGAGCCAUGCUUGAGCUGGUUUUGAAGGGUGGGGGGAAGAAUAUAUGGGAGAAUGCUGAUCUCAACCGUGUUAGGUGA